AUGCCUCAAAGCACAGAAAUCUAUCACUUCGAAGGCAGUGAGACCACCACCAGUGACCUGUCCUUUUUGCACCAGAGGAGCUUGCUGAUGCCGGAAGGACUACAGGGUUCCGAAUACUACCCAGAUCUCGUGCAAACGAUCUAUUUGAUGGGAUGCGCAGUGAAAACGUCAGAAAGACACGUGGAAAAACUGAAGAGCGUACAACUUCUUACUUUGUUAGUCUCUGAUAUGUUUUCCUGAGAUGAUGAUAACUCCGACUACUCAACAAAAAAACAUUUCAUGAUCUAUAACAGGGACAACCCUGUUGGAGCACUUGGUUCACAUUCAUUCGUCUUUCUACUUCAUUUUCAGAAUGGUUCCUACAAGAAGUGGCUCUUGACAUCAAUUUCAGUCUCUUCAUCCAAGAACUGAAAAAUCCAACACAGGCUUGGCCCGCCCACUUACGUGAGCGAGUUUCCUUGGUGCAUGGCACGGAUAUGGAGCACAAGUACUUGGGAAGUCUCGGCAUCUACCCGGACGACUUGCUCAACCGUGUCAGAUCUUUCUUACAAGGAAAGAAUAAGUCGACAAGGGACGGCAUUCUGGAAAAGCUGUGUGACUAGAGGAUCAAGACGUAUAGGUGGAGCGGAACGAUGAUCAUCCCGACGUGGAGGUAUCUGUGAAGAUUGAUCGUAGUUGUUUUCCCGCGUCGGCGUCGUUGAGGUGAGACUGCCCUCUGGAGGGACCCUUACAACACUUACUACCCUUAGACUUAUCCCCUCAGGCAUAUUAAAAGUAGUUUGCGCUUGAACUAGACUUUUUCUCAUUCACUACAUUCUUCUUCUUCAUGAUACAUUCACAUUCACUCAAUCUUAACAGUAAGUUGUCGUUCCUGUUUGCACGUACUGGUCUAUCCACUUGAGAUAUUGACCGAAAAUGGAUAGAGCAUUUCUCAUUCCAAGAACUGAAGCAGAAAAGACGAUC